ACAUGACCAGGCAGGGCUGCUGCUGCUGCAGCUGGUGUUGUCGAGCUGUCACAGAGAAACUGUCAAACACACACUUAUUGGAUUCAUUUUGUCCCAAGAUUUUCUCUGGCGUGAUGGAGUCAUUCUGGGGUGGAUUGCACACCCCGUGAAAUGUGGACCAAAGCAAGAAUCUCCCAACCUGCAUCUCUUUUCCCAAAACACAUCCUGCCGCUGUCAUGGCCUCCAGUUAUCCACCCCCCUUUGAAGGAACAGGUGAAGUGAAGGAGGGCUUUCUCUGCCCACUUUGCCUGAAGGACCUUCAGUCAUUCUACCAACUCCAAGCCCACUUUGAAGAGGAGCACUCUGGGGAUGACCGCGAUGUGAGGGGACAGAUCAAAAGUUUGGUUCAGAAGGCAAAAAAGGCCAAAGACAAGCUGUUGAAACGGGAUGGAGAUGACAGACCGGAUACAGGCAGUUAUGAGUCAUUCUAUUAUGGAGGAGUGGACCCCUACAUGUGGGAGCCUCAGGAACUGGGAGCGACCAGAAGUCACCUUGACUUCUUUAAAAAACACCGGGCAGCCAGGAUAGAUCAUUAUGUCAUUGAGGUCAACAAGCUCAUCAUUAGACUGGAAAAGUUGACAUCGUUUGACAGGAUGAACUCUGAUGUCGCCAAAAUCAGAGCUAUCGAGAAGUCAGUGGUGUCAUGGGUGAAUGACUCGGAUGUCCCGUUCUGUCCUGACUGUGGAAACAAGUUCAACAUCCGGAACAGGCGGCACCACUGCCGUCUCUGUGGGUCCAUCAUGUGCAGGAAGUGCAUGGACUUCAUCCUUUUACCUAUGGCUCAAAAGCUGAUCAGCGGGACUCGAGUUAACCUCGGUGUACUUGGAAGCCCCGUUCAUUCCCAUUCUCCCCAAGUAGGGGGGGGGAACAGUGGGAUGGGCUCCAGGAGAGGCAGCAUCAGCAGCCUGAGCAGCGUCACCUCCAUGCUGGAGGAGAAGGACGACGAGAAGAUCCGCUGCUGUCACCACUGCAUGGACACGCUGCUGAAGAGACAGCAGAAGCUGGAAGAGAGGGACCACAUGCCGGAUGUUGUGAAACUUUAUGAGAGGCUGAGGAUGUGCAUGGAGAAAGUGGAUGAAAAGGCUCCAGAAUACAUAAGAAUGGCCGAGUCGCUCAAUGCCGGAGAAACUACAUAUAAUCUUGACACGGCUGGUGGACUGAGACUGGAAGUGCAGAAAUACUACGAACUAAUCGAUGCCCUAAGUAAGAAGAUUUUAACACUAGGAGCAAAAGAUGAUCCACCACCGCGUCCAAAGUCCCUCCAGCUGCAGAAGAUGAUCCGAUACACAGCAACACUAUUUGUUCAGGAGAAGCUGUUAGGUCUCAUGCCUUUAACCACUAAGGCAAAAUAUGAAGAGCUGAAAGAAAAGAGGAAACAGGAGCAAGAGAAGAGACUCCAACAAGAGAGACUGGUCAGCCAGGAGACCCUGAAGAAGAGGCAGGAGUCUGAGAAAAACCGUCCAACCCCCAGUACCAACGGAGAGCAGCCGCAAGCCCCCAGAGCUCCACGCAUGACCAAAGCUGGCGGCUGGUUGCCCUCCGCAGACUCCGUCCAUACCCGCAGUGAGCUGGAGGACCCCCUGCUGCAGCAGAUUGAAAACAUACGGUCGUUCAUUCGCCAGGCGCGGGAGGCCAACAGAACAGACGAGGUGGCCAUGUUGGAGGAGAACCUGCGUCAGCUGCAGGACGAAUACGACCAGCAGCAGACCAGCCUGGCCAUCGCACUCUCCCAGAAGAUGGCCGAGGAGGAGAGCUUGCAGCAGGGGGAGCUGGACCGCCUGGAAGCGUGGGAAAGGGACGAGAGGGAGCACUGGGGCCCCACGGUGGGCCCCACCCAGCCCUCCACCCAGCCCUCCUUCACUUGGGAGAGGUCUCUGGAUAUCAGUACGCCAGCGGGCUUCCAAGGAGACCCUGAAGCAGAGGAGCUGACCCCGAAAGCUGAGAGUCCGUUCUCUGUCAGAGCGUUCCCUGCUCUCACGAGCCAGGAGGAGUCACCCCCCCGGUUGAGAAGCUUAGGGGGGCAUGUGACCCCCCCGGGUGGUGAAGGACAGAACAACACCCCCCUCAACCCUUUCGAUGAAGAGUCUACCCCAACUGAGGAGGAUCCAUCCAACCCCUUCUUCGAGGAAAUAAAGAGAGAACACAAAGAGGUGAGCAACGGGAAGAAAGAAUACAACCCGUUCGAUGAAGAUGAAGAGGUGGAGGAAGACCAACAGGCCGAGUCGGCACCAGGCAACCCCUUCGAGGAGGACGGCACUACAGACACAGGCAACCCUUUCCUGGAGGCGUCCGGGAGCUCUCCAGAGGUCUCCACCAACCCCACCAACCCCUUCGAAGGGGACGAUGAUGAGGCUUUGCCCGACGUGGACAUGAUAGAGGAAGAGUUGCUCCUGCAGCAGAUUGACAACAUCAGGGCCUACAUUUUUGACGCCAAGCUCAGCGGGCGUCUCGAUGAAGUGGAGCUCCUGUCAGAGAACCUCAGAGAGCUACAGCACACCCUUACAGAACAAAAAAAAAAGAAGCACUGAUACCUUUCACAAAAAAAAACAAGAUGGACCCACCUGCUACUUACCAAGUCCUGCAAGGCUAGCUCACUUUACAUGAUGACUAAUGAGCCCACUGAUUUUAGUCUGGGUGAGGUCUGCUGAACCACACAAAGAUUAGUCACUAAAUUAAAUGUGUACUAGAGCGUGGUAGUCUGGAUUGAUUUCCUUAAUUUCCAACAUCUUUCUUAACCACUUAUCCUGUACAGGGUCACAGGGGGCUGGAGCCUAUCCCAGCAUGCACAGUUUUUAAGCACUGCAACUAAACAUCUAUUUGUACAGGCAUGUUCUGAAGAUAUGAACCCUGUAGUAUCAGGGACAACAUGAACAAUGGAAGACAGAAGAAUGCUACUUUAAACAUUUGUUUAAUCGGACAGUCAAGACGGCUGAAGCUAUGAACAAAAUCAAAAUUUAAUUUCGGCCAAGGGUGAACAAACGGAAGUGAUUAAUGCAUGUUUCAACAUGUUUCAACAUCUGUUGUGAACGACUGUCUUUCCUUUUUUUGUGAAAGUACUUCCUGUAUUCCAGUGAAAACAGACUUCGAUGUGUAAAAUCAGUUGCCCUUUAAUUUCAUUAGUGCCAUCUUGGUGUACCCGCACAUGUGUUUAUUUGUGGUAAUUGAAGUACCUGCUGUUUUUUUAACCAAAGCACCCAACCAUGCUUUACUGUUCCAGCUGGUCCAUGAGCAACAUUACAACUAUCACCGAACAACCAUCUGAUAAUAAUGAAACAUGAAAUUAGCCUUAUAUGACAGCAGUCGGGCAGCCUAUUGUUUGCAGGAAAGUGAUGAUUAAAUACGAUGUUAUAUAUUAAAAUGUAAUCCCAGGCUUAAAUGACCUAUUCAGUCACAAUUGUUGGUGCAGAGCCACUUUAUAAGGGAAAUGAAAGGCUAAUUAUUGCUGAUCCUGUUAUGUAAAUGUCACACUGACUAUGAUUACAUUAACAGAGGUUAAAGCUUUUAAUCAUCAUACUUUAAAUAACAGCCACAUGUGCAUCUGCAAUACACUGUCCAUGCGUCGAGUAUGUAUGUUAUAACAGCUAUUCAUUUCUGUGUCAGUGAAAGUCGUUUUUUCUGUAAAUCUAAAUGAACAUGUUGACCUGUUUCUGUUCGCAUGGACGUAAGUGUUGAUCUUGUGCAUCUAGUCUGUCAUGUUGGCCUUGCUAUGAAAGGGUAAUGUUGUUUUAAGCAUCUCAAACACCACAUUGAGCCAAGUAAACGGAACAAUUGCAAUGUUUUACUGCUCGACCACUAAAGGUUGUGAUGUUAAUGCUGAUCCAAAUGAGCACGGGCAUAUGUCUGUGUAAGUGCAGUUUGAUGCUGGUCUUUCUAAAAGAGCAAGUGGCCCAGUUUCUCGUAUUGCUAUAUUCAUUUUGUGUUACACAUUCUGAUCAAAUCUCAUAGCUCCUGUAAUGUGCUGUUGGCCGAGAUCUGUAUGUGAAGCAUGUUAUAUGUUUGGUAGUCAUCUAACAAGUCCAUUAAGAGUUCAUCCAAACGGCACUCACCAUCAACUGAACACUAUCUGCCGAAGCACAUCAUAGGCAACAAAUUAAGCACCAGAAUUCACUGGAAUCAUAGUUUACAGAUAGGAAUCAGCAUUUGUAAAGACUGACUUAAUGCCCAACAGCAACAUUAGACAGUUUUUGUUUGUCAGAUAAAUUAACACUACAUGCCAGCAAGUAUUAUCACUCAGUGCUGCUACGUCCUAACAUUAAUGUGUCUUUCCUGUCAGUCAGAACGUCCACGUUUAUCGUCAUUAGACUUCCGUUUUUUGUGUCGUCUGCUAAACUCACUUUGCUUAUCUGUGCUGUCAGAUCCUAAGAAGUAAAACAUGUGACACGGUAAAUGUUUUGUGACAGUGUGAAUAACUCCAGGAGCUUCAUGGUGUAUAAGCAGUUUAGCUAAUUUGGUAAAACAUUUUAAAUCACACAGACAUCAAUUUAUUACAAUUCCAUCUCAGCACCAAUAAAAACGUUGUCUCUGUAAAA